UCAUCCUCAACACCUCCGAACCUUUCUUCACCCCUCUUCAAAUUCACGUACAUAAAUCAACACGAUGGGAAUCUCUCCGAUAUUGUCACCGGGAGAUCCACUGCUCAGGCACCCCCUCCGGCCACGUGGCACCCGUUGUAUAUAUUCAGCCACGUGGCAGCUGCUUCGCUUAUAGUAGCUACCUGACCUCCUCAAGCUCCUACAUUAAUUUUGAUCAUUUCUCUGAUUUGAGAUCUGCAUCGAUCUUUCGAGAAGAAUUAGUUGAUAGAUAGAUAUUCCUAGCUAGCCCUACCUCUCUAAACCCUAAACCCACCCACGCACCCACGUAAUUCUUUCCAUGCAUGAUGAGUGAAACUUCAUCAAAACCGUCAUCCUUUUUCCCACUAGAGAUGCGAAUUCAAUUAUCAUGGAGGAAAUACAAAAACUCAGUUUUGUUCAAACUGCUAAAUUUGUGGGCAAAGGCAACCGUAUGUGUAAUAGUGCUCCCCACAAUCUUCUUCAUUUGCGUCCCACUCUCUAUCCUUCUCAUCCCACCGUUAUUUAUUGCUUCUACAUGGGCGUUUUGUAUAUGCAAGAUACUAUAUUUCUUGUGCCCUCUUAGAGUUGUAGACACCAUGAAGUUUUUCAGAUUCUGUACCACAUUAAUAUUAGGCAGCAGCAGCACAACCAAGGCUGGUGAUAACGACAAUGAGGAAAAUAUGAUGAAUGAGUUUAUAGCCAAGAGCCUGGAGGAUAAGGAGCAGUCGAUGAGCGUGGUUGAGUUGGACCCCUCGGAGGUGCCGUGUUUCUACGAAUCAGAUGAUCAUGAGCAAGAAAACAAAGAAGAACAGAAUGUUAAUGAAGAAGUGGGUAAAAUCGGCAUGUACGAGGAAGGGUCAUGGCAAGUUUUGGUACCAAAGCCUCCAAUACCCAAAAGGAAGAAGGACAAACAUUCGUUCCAUGACGUUUUGUCGUAUUGGAAAUGCAAGGAGAAAGGAGAGGCAGCAUCAGCUGGCAUAAAAGAAGAUUAAUGCAGCAUCUAGAGAGAAUAAUGUAGGGCUUGGGAGAGUUAUUCAGUUGCUCUCAAUCUUUUUCUCUUUCAUUUCGUUAAUUAACCACAUAAACAGUGGACAAAAUCAAAUUGACAUUGUGCAUGCAUUGUACGCUUGCUAUGUUCAAAUGGAUCUCCAACCUGUGUGGUUAAUUUUCUUCAAA